AAUUGAAACAUAGAUCUUUGUACUGAUAAAAUUUCAAAUAAUGCAAAUGAUGAUUAUAAUACGAUCAAGAUAUGUUAAUAUAUGCGCAUACACAAUAGUCAUCGCUGAAGAAAAUACUGUGCAUUGCUGGUAAAUUGGCAUUCGGAAAGUGCGAACAGUAAAUUACUUAUCAAAUUAAAUGUAAUAAUACACACUGAGAUAUGUUAUUAGACUGACUUAUCUCACUAUAUUCUAUAUUAUUUUUUCUGGAUGCUAACUUACAAACAACGUACAUAUUUUUGGAUGCAUUUAAUAUCAUCAUAGAAAUAUAACUCAACAAAAAAUAUUAAAAAUUAACAAACAUCAAGAGUUUUAAUUGCUGGUUUGAUUGUUAUGAAAAUACAUGAUGAAUAAAUCAAUGUGGUUGUGCUUUUUAUUACAAUUGUGGUGUGUGAUAUGUGCAUCUCAAAAAACAGAUUUAGACUCAUCUAUAAAUUUAGAAAUAUUUCGUCUAUUUCGUAAUUGGAUUACACGAAGUAUUGAUACAAAUGAAAGACUUGUAGCGCAAUUUGAAGGAAAAAUUCAAGAAGAAAUUUCAGUAGACAUUCCAUUUCCUUGUAAUUUGACAGACAGUAGAUCUCCUAUUGUUCCUAAUUCAGUUCAUCGUUUGAGACCAGGAGACAUAGAUGUUAUUGCUGCGAUGGGUGAUUCUUUGACAGCUGGUGUUGGAAUUUUUGCUACUAAUUUAAUAGAAUUAUAUAUUGAAAAUAGAGGCGUAUCAUUUAGUAUUGGUGGUGAAGGAACUUGGCGAACAUAUUUAACACUUCCAAAUAUCUUCAAAGAAUUCAAUCCCAAAUUAAUAGGCUAUGCACUUAAAGAUGGCCAAACUUCUGAACUAUUUGCAUCACAAUUAAACGUCGCUGAGAUUGGUGCAAUAUCUAGAGAUAUACCAUUCAUGGCAAAAUAUUUAAUCAUUAGAAUGAGACAUGAUACAAGAAUAGAUAUUAACAAACACUGGAAGUUUAUUUCAUUAAUGAUAGGAGCCAAUGAUUUUUGUAUGAACAUAUGUGCAGUUUCUUCUCCGUGGUCCAUUUUAGAAAAACACAGAAUCGAUUUAAUUAAUACUUUUCGAAUAUUAAGAGAUAAUUUACCACGUACUUUGGUAUCACUUAUAAUAAUGCCGAAUUUGAAGGAAAUUAUUCUUGCCUCUGAAAAAAGAAAUUCAUUGAAAUGUUAUAUAAUGUCCAUUUUACAAUGUCCAUGUUUAUAUGCUUUGCAAUUCCGAAAUCAGAGAGAGGAAUAUUUUGAAAUAAUGAAAAGAUGGCAAAAAAUAGAAGAAGAAGUUGCCAAUUAUUCAGAAUUUAACAGAAAUGACUUUACUGUUAUUGUUUCACCAGGCAUUAGUAAUUCUAAGAUUCCGCUUACUAAGAAUGGAUUUAUUGAUUUAUCCUAUCUUUCUGCAGAUUGUUUUCAUAUAAGCCAAAAAACUAAUGCGUUAAGUGCGAAUAGUUUAUGGAAUAAUCUGUUACAACCAAUUGGUAACAAAACUACUUUUUUGACUUCAUUAUUUAAAUCAUUUUUAUGUCCUACUUCCAAAAGGCCAUAUUUGAUUACACGUGAAAAUUCAUAAGAAAAUAGAAAAUUAAAAAUAUUUAUAUAAAUGUAAUAGUUUACAUAUAU